AUGGCCAACACGGCUACACCACCGUCCAACAAUGACUCGCCGACGAGCAAGCCAUUGCCCUCGAGGAAGAGAGCCAGCGAUGCGACACCAGACGACAAACCCAAGCGAACACGUACCGGCUGCUUGACAUGUAGAGAGCGCCAUCUCAAGUGCGACGAAACCAAGCCGACCUGCAGCAACUGCCUCAAGUCUCAGCGCGAGUGCAAUUGGGGCAAGAAGCUCAACUUCCUCGACACUACCUGCGAGAGGAACGCGUACCUGAUUCCCCAGGGUAUCGACUACCAAAUAGCUUUCAUGGACGAGUCACGGACUAUCGCCUCGGAAUACGUAGGCGGACGGGAAAUGUAUCCAGUAGAGGAUACGGAAUCACAGGUACCCAUGGGCAACAACGGGUUUGGUAUGGGCCCACCAGCAUCGUCGCGCCAACACAUCACUCCUAUACAGGGCAUUGCACAGGAGUCGUAUCAGCAAGCGCAACUCACAUACAACUUCGACCAACAGCAGACACAGCAGCACCAUGGGCGUUCAAUAUCGAGUUAUUCCAACGGCCCAACCCCGUCCCCGUACACGAUGGAACACUCGGCGAGUCCCGGGCCCCUCCCCACGCGCGACUACCUGAAGAGCCAGGAGGAGGUCUUAUACAUGCAGGUUUUCGUCGAGGAGAUUGGUAUUUGGAUGGACAGCAUGGAUGCACACAAGCACUUCUCACGCUUGUUACCCUUCCAUGCGCUUAACGAACCUAUGCUAUUACACGCCUUCCUCGCAUGCGGUGCGCGCCAUCUUGCUCUUGUCAACCCCAAGUAUAGCGAAGAAAAGGCACUCCACUACUACGAUGUAGCCACACGCGAUCUGUUGCACUCUUUGCAGGACCCCGACCGCGACACCGUCCUAUGUGCGACCACCGCGGUGAUAUUGAAUGUAUACGAAAUCAUGGGCGAACGUGCGCUACAACGCAUGAAUCAUAUUGCGGGAGCUCGUGCUCUGAUCAAGGAAUGUCGCUGGAAUGCUAGGUCGACAGGCAUCGGAGCGGCCUGCUUCUGGCUGAACGUCGGCAUGGAGAUACUGAGUUGUUUGCACUUCAACUGGCAAGUCGCGUGGGACCCAGACGAAUGGGGCAUCGAGAUGGACUUUACACCGGAGACUGAGUCAGGCAAGGAAGAAUUAUGGACACAUCGCAUCCUCUAUGUCGUUGCAAGGAUCUGCAACUUCCGUGCGUCCAUACCGCGAAACCAGGACGUCGCCAGGCAAACCUUGCAGGACCGACACAAUGAGUGGCUUCGGCUAAAAGACAUGACUGACCGGUGGAACGAGAACAUACCGCGAACCAUGCACCCAAUGGCAUAUCUAUAUCCUGGGCAGACGAUAUCUGGCUCAGCGUUCCCCGAAGUCUGGCUUAUCAAGAGGGCAUCGAUAAUAGCGCGGCUCUUCUACCACACAUCCCUUGUCUUAUUAGCGCAGAUCAACCCACUACAAGGUCCUAGCGAACCUGACAUGUGGGCUAUGCUUGAACAAAACUCCAAGUUCAUCUGCGGUAUCAGCGCACACGUCAAGGACCGUGGUGUAGCUAGCGUCGCACUUCGAUCACUCGCUAUUGCAGCCGAACCGCUCACAGACCGACGCGAGCAAGAAGAGGUACUCCAGAUAUUCGACAAGAUCAGACAAGAGACAGGUUGGCGUGUAGGUUUCGUCAACACAGAGCUGAAGCAGAAGUGGGGCUGGGAUACACCGCAGAACCAAGACCAGAAGUCACAGCAACAACCACCGCCUCCGCCGCCUCCACAACAACAACAACAACAACAACAACAGCAGCAGCAAAUGAAUGGUCAUAUACAAGAAGGCAACGUUGUGUACCAGCAACAACCCCAGAUCGUCGUGCAGCAACAGAUGCCGCAAGUCUCGGUAGCACCUGCUCCGGUACAACGACGUGCUUUUGGUAACCCUCUGCUUGUGGCAGACUUCAGCAUGCCACAACAUCCAUACCAGACCCACUAUGUUCCCGCAAACAUAGUUCAGCAGCAGCAACCGCAAACAUUACUUCAACCGCCACUGACGGCGAUGAAUGGGUACGGCGGACAACAUUUCUUCUAA